AUGGUUUUAUUGCUUAUAUUUAGCGCUCUUCCUGCAUUUGUGUUCAACAAAUUGAUGCAGAAGAGACGUAAUAAAAAGGAAUUUACUCUAAUCCAGGACAAAGUGGAAAGGUUGCAGCGAGAGCUGGAGGCUGCCCACAGGAGGAAUCGCAACUUUCAUGAAAUAAUUCGUAACAAAAUAAAGAAGGACUGCAACGGAUUGAUAACGAAUGACGAAGUUGAUAAAGAGGUUCGACACAUUCAGGAUCUCUUGGACUUGGCAGACGAAACCGACGUGAAGAUCCAGGAAGCCGAGAGUAAGGUUGAAACUUUCGGUUCCGAAAACCAAAAACUGCGGAAGGAAGCUAAGGACAACGAAAAAGCUUUGGAUGAAUAUCGAAAGCAAAUUGUACAACUGAAGGAAUUGAACUUGACGCUGGAAAAAGACCUUUUCGAGAAUGAACGCCACAUUCAAGAUCUUGAAAACAUCAAUGUGGCGAAAGAAAAGGAGCUUAGCCAGAAGAAUCGCCAUAUUGAAUGUCUGGAAGGCAGGAAUGUGGCGAUGAAAACCGACCUUACUGAGAAGACACUCCAGAUUCAAGGUCUGGAGGACAUCAUUUUGGCGAUGGAAAACGAGCUUAGUGACGUGAAACGCCAGAUCCAAGGUCUGGAGGACACGAAUAUGGCGAUGAAAACCGAGCUUAGUAAGAAAAAUCGCCAUAUUGAAUGUGUGGAAGGCAGUAAUGUGGCGAUGAAAGCCGACCUUACCGAAAAGAUACGCCAGAUUCAAGGUCUGGAGGACAUGAAUGUGGCGAUGAAAACCGAGCUUAGCGAGAAGACACGCCAUAUUGAAUGUCUGGAAGGCAUGAAUAUGGCGAUGGAAAACGAACUUAGCGAAGUGAAACGCCACAUUCAAGGUCUAGAAGUCACUAACAGGGCGAAGGAGGAAACUCUCUGUGAGAAGGAGAGACAGAUUGAAGAGAUGACAAAAAAGAAUGCCCUGAAAGAAGAACAGUUAGAGGACUACCACAAGUUACUCGACAAGCUGCAGAAAGAGAUUAGGAUGCUGGAGUCCAAAGCACGAGAUUUUGAUGCACUUGAGAGUCAAAGCAGGAGAAAUGAACAAAAUCUCCUUGCCUGCGAACAACAAAUUGAAAACCUCCAGAAGAAAUUGCAGGAGAGGAACGAGGAAGUGAACAAGCUUGUCCAAUGUGAGAUGGAAGUUGAAAUUUUAAGAAAGGAAUUGGAGGACAGACAAAAGGAUCUGAGCAAGCUUGUCCAAUACGAAAGGGAGGUCGAACAAUCAAGGAAGGAACUAGAGGACAGGCGUAAGGAUGUGAACAAGCUUGUCUGUUGUGAGCAGGAACUUGAACAAUUGAGGAAGGAACUGAAGGAUAAAGAGAAAUAUAUAAACAAGCUUGUCCCAUAUGAAAUGGAAAUUGAAUGUCUCAGAAUGGAAUAUGAGGCAAAACAGGUGGCUCUGUUGGAAAUGGCUGGCCUCAUAGAAAGGGACGAGAAAGUUAUCUUUGACUUGCAGCGAAAAGUUGAAGAACUCGGAGGAGAAAUAAAAGACAGAAAUAAAGAAAGAGAUGGACUCCUGACUUCAGAGGCAAUGCUAGUUCAGAAUCUUGCCAAAUCUGAACACUAUAUAAGUGAACUGAAAACUGAAGUCGAGACGUUAAGGAGUCAAAAGGCAGAACUUGUCAACCAACUGGAAGAAAAUAUGAGCCAUCUUAAGAGUAAGCAGAGUCAGAUACUGGAUCUCGAGCAGAAGUUACUAAAGAUGGAGGGAUAUCAGGAGGAAAAAGACAAUCUCGAAAAAGUCAUAAAAGAGAAGGAAAAGGAAAUAGAGCAUUUCAAGCGAGAAAGAGAGGACAACUUGAAAGAAGCACAAGAUCUUCGUAUACUAAUCGCUCUGAGGGAGGAAAAUCUCCAGAAAUGCCAACAGGAAAUAGAACUUCUUCAAAAGGAAUUAGAAAAGAGCCAGAAGGACUUAGAGGAGCUUGUCUGUUGGAACUUGAGGAAAGAAGAAGAAGAGAUUGAGAAAAUGGCGGAACAGAUCCACCAAUUGGAGUUCAUGAGGUCUCAGUUCCAGGAAAUGGUGGAUGCCUACGAAAACAAGACCUCCGAGCAGGAAAUGGAGAUUACCUGCUUACGCAGGGAAGUUCAGCAGAAAAACAACUUGCUGGAGGAAGGCAUAGCCCAGCGGGACAAUCUAGAAAAAGUCAUAAAAGAGAAGGAAAAGGAAAUAGAGCAUUUCAAGCGAGAAAGAGAGGACAACUUGAAAGAAACACAAGAUCUUCGGAUACAAAUCGCUCUGAGGGACAAAGAUCUGCAGAAACGCGAUCAGGAUGUACAACUCCUUUUAGAGGAAAUAGAAAAUAGGCAGAAGGAUUCAGAGGAGUUUGUCCGUUGCAAAUUGAGGCAAGAAGAGUUCUAUGAGUCUCAGUUCCAGGAAAUGGAGGAUGCCUACGAAAAAAAGAUCUCCGAGCAGGAAAAGGAGAUUACCUGCCUAUGCAAGGAAGUUCAGCAGAAAAACAACUUGCUGGAGGAAGGCAUAGCCCAGCGGGACAAUCUCAACAAGAAGCUGGAAUGCGUCGAGAUGGAUAAUAGCCAUCUGAAACAGCUGGCUGCUGAGGCUGAGGAACGACAGAUAGCUGCAGAAGGAGCGUUCAAGGAGCUGUCCAUCAAUAUUCAGAGGGUUGAGAAACUAGUUACUGAUAAACAGAGAGAAGUUGAUGAACUUCGAAGCAAAUUAGAAGAGAAAAACACUGAAGACGACAAGCUUGUUCAGUGUAAGGAGGAAGUAGAAGUUCUUAGGAAAGAACUAAAGAAGAAGGACUUGGAAAUCAGAAAGGGUAAGGAAGAGGCAAACCAACAUGACAAACAAAUGGGGAGAGUGGGAGCUCGCCUCCAGGAAAUGGUGGCUGCCUUCAACAAGAUCACCUAG